AUGGUUGCACAUGUUCGCACAUCCUUAUCGAGUAUUUUUCUCGCUCUUGCUCUAUAUUUUUUGCAAGGCAUGAGUCUUGGAGUUGCGAGUAGUAUCCCGUUAUUUUUAAUUGCACACGGUGCUACAUGGAAAGAUAUAGGUACAUUAAAUUUCGCUAGUUAUCCAUUCUCGUUGAAACUUCUUUGGGCGCCAAUAAUCGAUGUUCUCUAUGUUAAACGUUUUGGUAGAAGAAAAUCGUGGCUCGUUCCUGUUCAAUUCAGCGCGGCUGCGAUUUUAUUUUUAUUUUCGUUCUAUGUGGAAUCAUUUGUAGAAAAUGUUCGCAUCGUGUUGCUCACUAUCAUUUUAUUUGCUAUCGUUUUUCUCACGGCAACUCAGGACGUUUGCGCCGAUGGUUUAGCAAUCUCCUUAUUUACUCUGACGAAUCCUCAAUGGGCGUCCACAUCACAAACUGUAGGACAAACAAUGGGUAAUUUUAUUGGUUCCUCAUUUCUGUUGACAUUUGAAUCGGCAAAUUUCACCAACCGAUUCAUUCGUGAACCACUUUCAAUAGCUCCCAAAGAAACAGGCUUAUUUUCACUCGAACAAUUUAUUCGUUUCGUAGCUCUGGCUUUUCUAAUUGUUACCACAUGUCUGAUAUUCUUUUUUCGAGAAAAAGAAGAUCUACCAACUAGCGACGACGAAGAAACAGAGAGUCUAUCUUUAAUUGACACAUAUCUUUCAAUUUUCAAACUCUUCAAAAAGAAGUGUAUUCAACAGUUGACUCUUGUUUCACUUCUUGCUCCUAUGGGGCUGGUUGCUAUUAGUUCUAUGACCUGGUUGGCACUAAUAAGCCAAGGUGUCCCACGGGAAAAUUUAGCACUUAUCAGCAUACCAGUGACCAUUGUGACAAUAGUAGCCCCACUAACUAUUCGUCAUACAGAAUUACCUCUGCGAUGGUUUGCUGGCUCCUAUAUCGCGUAUAUUAUUACUGGCAUGCCCAUUGCUGUUUACGUCUAUUAUACUCCUAGCAUGAUCUCCGCGGGGUACUACUAUCCAAUACUUAUUUUACUUCUUUCGUGUAACAAAUUCUUUCAGGCAUUAAGAUUCGCCGCUCAAAUCGGAUUCUUUGCUUCGAUCAGUGAGCCACGUAUCGGCGGCACUUAUAUGACGUUACUCGUUACUUUACAAAAUUUAGGCUUUGCGAUUCAUUCAUCGAUUAUUCUCUAUGUAUCACAUUGGUUACCAAAGAAUUAUGACUUUGUUAUUGCGACAGGCAUAUGCACCAUUAUUGGCAUUAUCUGGCUUGGAUUUUCGAUUCGAACCUUAAACCAAUUACAAGAAAUACCCACCCAUGAAUGGUACUUAUUACCAAUAAAACACUCAGAUGAUGUAAUGACGUCGAACAAUCAUCGAACAUCAUUGAUUGAGGAUGAAUCAACGAGUAGGAUUAUUUGA